AUGUCUGAUCGUGUCCAAGGUCCCGCUACACAAACUCCGUUCAAUCUGCUACGCUAUUUAGACAGAAUCCACACGGCCGGAUCCCAGACACAGUUACCAACAAGUCACCGACCACUGUACGAACAUAAGCUUAGUCCGCUCCUGAGAAGCCGGUCUUGCUACCAAAUAACUAUCCCUAUAUCGAACUGAUGAUUGCGAAGAAGCAUGCAACAACGUUGUAUAAUGUGGUUGCUUAUCGAUGCAGAGAAAAACAAGCAGAUAUUAUCCAACCUACGUAUAGGUUUGUCAGAUUAUUGUAUCUAACCUUCAAAUAGCUUACUAUAUUUUUAUAUAACAAAUAUCCAGUCGGACGUUGAAAAAUAAGGAAGCCUACAUUGAAUAGUGCUCUUUAUGAGCAUGUAUCUCCAGAGGUGAUUUUCGAUUAAGGGCGACCAAUAAUAAAUUUUUGGUCUUGCCACAGUACAAGUUAGUGUUGCAGAGAUGUGCUCCUCUAUUCUCAGGCGGCUCAGGCUAACUGGAAUGUCAUUUCUUUACGUCCACAAAAAUAUACCUGUCGAUCCGGA